AGAUAGAGGAACAUAUGACGCUGUGGUUCUCUUCACUUCCUGUAAAGUUAUGCUCAACAGAAACAGCUACAUGUGAAACACAGACAAAACCCCCGGACACUAUUUUAGAAGAGUGAGAAAAUGGAUGACUUCUCAAUCACUUCAUGAAGACAUUUCCCCGUUGAAUGGGAUGGCAUUGUAGGCUCGAGACACUGUAACAGCCAGAGGGGCUGCCAUGGAUGCCCUGAAUGUCAGCCGUAUACAGCUCUCACCAGUGAAAAACUUUGAACAAGUAGUGGACAUCAGAGCAGUGAAACGUGAACACCUGCGAGGACGCAACAACGUGACUUCAUGUCGCAGCCCUACGAGAGAGAUUGACACAAGACUGAUCAAGAAUGAAUUGAAGGAAAAGAGGCAACUUGAGUUUCUGAGGAGGAGAUCAGUGAGCCCAGAGCCAUGUGGUUUGGAUACUACAAACUAUUAUUCAAGGAGAAAACCUUCACCGAAGACAUUUUCAAUGAAACAAUACAGUUCAUUCAGCAAGUCAGAGACUAUGCAUACAAAUGUCCAAAAUACUCCAACCGCUAAUGGGAGGCAUACAGUGAGGAUUUUAACACCAAACAGUAGCCUAACUGAAGGCCCAAGCACCAGCAACUGGGCUUCAUUAUGGACAGAACAGGUAACACUUAUGAAGCAAGAUAAAGUACAUGCAAGGAAGCAAGAAUCUACCUCCACACCAGCAAUAAAGGAAUCAAACCAGCACCGGGCAAAAAGCACUGAUAAAAGAGAAAAUAGUAUUAAUGCUCAAAAGACAACCAUCAAAACAUUCAUCCAAGCAGAAAAGAUUCACAAAAAAUUCUCCGUCCAAACUGAAAAGAUACAGCGAGAGACCAGUGUGCAGACAGAGUCUGGUUUUGUCACUGUCAAGGAGUCAGAUCUUCAGAGGUUAACUGACUACUUGCAGGAGGCCCUGUGGAGAGAGGAGGCCGUGAAGAAGAAGAUGGCAGCCCUCCAGGAAAGCACGUUAAACCUCAUGAACUCCUCGAAGAAAAUAUGGACGGCUCGCUGCAGCGAAGACUUGCUGAGAAACAAGAUCAAGGCUCUGGAGGCGCAGCUGCAAGUCUGCCUGCAGAAGUUUCCCAAGGAUGGAGUGAAGAAACUGGUGAUACAGAUGGAGAAGCAGAAACUGGUGUAUGAGGAGAAGGCCAUGGUUGCCCUGCAGAAGGUCACACAGGAGAAAACUGAGGCGCUCAUCAAGGCUGAGACAAUGCAGGAAGCGCUAAUUACAGCAAAGGCAGAGGCAUUGAGGUGGCAGAGCCUUUGUGAGGAGCUGAAGCUGAGCUCUGGACAGCUUAAGGAGAACCAACACCUCAGUGAUGAACAGCUGCAACAGCUGCACAGCCAAGUGGAGCUGUCCAGAUCCAGGGAGGCCGAGCUGAGGGAGGAGUUGGUGUCAUUGCAACAAGAGAAGAAGGAGCUAAAUUACAACAUGAGCCUGCUGGAAGAAGACAAUCAGAUUUUAAGAGAGGAAAUCCAGAACCUCAGAGAUGGCAGCAAUGAGAGCCAGGACUCCAUGAUGCAGGGGCUUCUGACGUCAGAGGAAGUAGAGCCACGACUGACGGCGAGGAGAGACUCUCAGGUGGAGGAGCAGCUCCGUCACACUCAGGAGAAACUCCAACUCAAAGAGAGUGAGUGUGAGGAGCUGCAGACAGAGCUGCAUGCCAUGGAGCAGGAGUGUCAGUCCAGCCAGGCCCGGCUGUCGCAGUGCAGGGACGAGCUCCGGCAACUCAGCCACCGCGGCAGGAGAUCGACACGGUGUGGCUCCUGGUGGAAAGUGUUUAUGUCCUUCCUUCUUCUCCUUGCUGUGGCGGGGGUUGCCAUGUUGUGGUUCUGGCAUCCUCCUUUCAGGGAGCAAGUUGAAGACCUGUACUCAGACAUAGAAACACGUAUUGAGGACUAUCUCAUGGACAUGGCAUCUCCUCAACACUCGGGCUGUUUUAGACCGAUAUGAUAAUGUCACUGCUCAGGAACAUUGAAUUUUUUGUUGUUUUGUUGCUUUUAUUUUAAAAUGCAUAGGAUGUAGUUCGUUGAAAAUGUUGUAUUUCAUUCAAUUUCAGAUUUGGAGCUCAAAGUAUGGGAUAAAAUGUUGUGUUGACAUCUGUAGGAUGUUAGCAGAAGUCCUAAAGCAAGUGAACACUUCCAGUGUGAAAAAUGUCUUUGUAAUGUUUACAACAAUGGAAACAUGUUUAAGCAAAUGUCACAAGUUGGCUGACGUUAAUAAGAGUUUAAGAAGUUGUGUGUCAAUAAUAUCAACACAAUAGUCAGGAGUAGGAGCACAGGAAGUAUCCUUUGUACUGUAAACAGCUUGUUUGGCCAAAAGCGCCACUUUAAUUAUUAAAAAGUUUAAAAAAAACAUAAAAAUCCAUUUAAACAAUGACAAAACAUUCUUCUUUCAGCUGUUACUCUCAGUCAAAAAAUGAAGGAAGAGUAAGCAGUCAAAAAAGAGCCAUUAGAGUUUUACGUGAUCAGAAAUAAAGGAAUAUUGUUGCUAUUACAAAUGUUA